UCGUUCUAAAACUUUCAACCAAUAAAUAAUUAUAUUAACAAGAUGCUAAUAAAUGUUUGAGGUCCAAUAUUCCAAAGUACCAAUAAAAUUAUAUGGAAUAUUAAAAAAUUAGAAUGAUUGCUUUUGGAUAUGGGAGGAAAAUCAUCAAAACCCUCCUCUAGCAAUGCUGAAGUACACUCCAACUCUACAGUUUCAAAAUCAAAACUUUCAAGAGGAGCAAUAUCACGACAUAUUCAUGACAUAUUACAAAAACAGGCCCAAGAUGAAAGAUUAAAAAAUAAGAUUAAGAUACGUGCCAUACUUGACAAGAAUUUCAACUGGGAUGUUUUGGAUGCCGAUGAAAUUGUUGAUAUUUUUACCAAACUUCUUGCUAAGGAUACAAAUAAAAUGUUAGAAGCUUGGACAAGUUGGCGGCUAAAGCCUCAUGGAUCUACUAUUGAAGGAAAUAUGGUCUUGUGGAACCCUACCAUGUAUAGAGACAAUAAAAGUUCACUCUAUGCAAGUUACUUUCCUUGUGUAAUUAACAAAAUUGAACAAAACCCAAUUGUAGGUUUCAAUCCAAACUCUAGAAAAUGGUUUGGUUUGCCAAAACUUGAUUUUUUGCCAUUGGAUGUGAAUGAUAUUAUUGCUGGCGAUGGAGGUUUGUUGUGUGUUAAUGGAGGGCUUCAACCAAGAAUGCCUAAUCCUCAAACUCCACCAAUUCCUCAUUCUCAAGAUUAUAACCAUGUACUUUAUCCCCCACAAUCUAUACUUUUGGUUUGUAAUCCUCUCACCAAAAAAAUCAAAUACAUUCCUCUCCAUUCUAAUAAAACUUUGGAUGCUAAGAUUGCAUUGAUGAUAACAAUGGCACCUCCACCAAGUUGUGGUGAAGAUACUAAAAUCCUUUUGCAAAAGAAAAGGUAUAGAUUAUAUGUUGUUGGAAGUCAUUGUGAGAAUUCAACACCUUUUAAGAAAGGUUGUAAUGAGCUUGUGUUCAUGGCUUAUGACUCUAGGCACGAUAUGUGGGUUUCCGGGUCUUUUGUAGGACAAUGUCGAUUCCCAAAGUCCGGAAAGACAUCUAUAGCCAUAAUUGAUGUGGGUUAUAUGGUUAGUGGUCAAAAAAAAGUUAGUGAAGGUGCACAAGCUUGCAAAAUAAUGGUCUCUAAAUCCAAGGAUCUUAAUAGUUCUUUGAAUGAGAGUGAACCCCACAAAAAUAUGCCAUUAGUUGAAAAAACCCACACAUGGAAAAACAAAUUAUUUUUCAUACACAAGCCAACAUUAAAAUGGCACAUUGUAGAUUUUGAUAUUUUAGAUUCUCAAGGAUUUCCUCGUAAACAUAUGCAAGCUCCACGACUAUUACAAUGUAGACCACAAGGUAAAGUUUAUGCAUUAACAAGGUCAAUAAUUGAUCCAUGUACAAUCGAGGUCUAUGAAGUUCUUGUAUCAAAUGGGCUACCAUUAGGGGAGUAUUUGCAGGUGACAAUGAUGCCUAAGGAAAUAUACAAUGCAUUAUUUAAUGACUUGAAAACUAUAAGGCAAUAUGACUGUUGUGCUAGCUUGAAUUUUCUGUGUUUUUUAAUACCCAAAGAUAUGAAUACUGCCACAACCAUUGCUAUUUAUGAUAUAACAACAAAACAAUGGUCAACAACUUUCACACCUGAUCUAAGCAAUCAGUGUGGAAAUUGUACAUAUUCAUUUGCAAAAUGUGAGUGGAUUCCAAAUUGGCAAGCAAGUCCUUAAUCCUAAUGGUCACUUUAUCAAUUAUUUUGGUUAUCUAAAAAUAAAGCAUAAACAAAAUGAGGAUGGAGAUGUUUUUAUAUUUACAAUUAUAAUUCUAUGUUCUUCUUUGUAAACUUAUAUCAACCAAAAGAAAAAAUGGACUUUAAAAUCAUAUAACUGUUAAUUUACGUCACUACACCUGUAAGUGAUUUGAAUCAUUCAUCAAAACCAAGACUUGGUUUUCAACCCACUGAAG